AUGGGCAGGAUUCGCGAUGCGACGCCCGGCGACCUGGACGUAGUGGUCGCGUUCAACAUGGCCAUGGCGAAGGAAACGGAGGACAUCACGCUGGACAAGAACGUCGUCACUCCAGGUGUCGCGGCCGUGCUCACCCCCAACAGCCCGCACGGCCGGUACUUUCUCCUGGAGGAGGACGGAAGAGUGGUGGCGCAGCUGAUGAUCACUCCGGAGUGGUCCGACUGGCGCAACGCGAGCAUGUGGUGGGUCCAGAGCGUCUACGUGGCGCCGGAGCACCGCCGCAGGGGGCACUUCAAGGCGUUGUAUCAGCACGUGAAGGAGGCGUGCAGAGCGGCGGGGGGCGGCGGGCUGCGGCUCUACGUGGACGACGAGAACACGCGCGCGCAGGAAACGUACCAGAAGCUGGGCAUGAAGUCGCACUACCGCCUGUUCGAAGACCUCAACACAGACUUCUAA